AGAUGAAAUUAUAUAAUGACUAGUCCUAGACGUUCAAAAAAGUAUGGCCAGUGUAUAAUACAACAAGUGGAUUGGGAUUCCCCAUCAACUGAAACGGGAACAGUCAAGAGAAGAUCGUCGUGUCCAGAAAAUUCUACAAGAACAACAAUUAAAGCACACGAUGUUAUUGUUGAAACUUCAACACCUUCGGACACAAGUAGCGGUACCUCAAAAAGCCUCAAUGGAGAUGACAAGACUGAUUCUCUCGUAGAAAUAGAACAAAGAAUAUCGUGUAUCAUUAAUGAAAAUAGGACAUCACAAAGUAACUCUGAAAGUGAUAUUGAUAUUUUAAUUGAAAGUAUUUUGGAUGAUUCUUCCGUGUGCAAUUCAGUAGGAAGUCAACAUGGUGUCACGAAAUGUGAUCGAAGUAAAACUUUUAUUAAGUCGCAAGAUGUUGUUUCAACAAAAGAAAAAACCCAAAUCACUAAGAAUGAAGACAUAUCAAUACCUAAAAAGAUUAAGGAGCGAAAACUCAAUGCUCCUUUAUCAAUUAAAAAGAUAAAUAAAGCCUCAGAUAUUGUAAGAAGAAGCGUUGUAUCUAGAGAAACCGUUAAAACAGAGAGUAAAUCAAGUGUUCUUCCGAUUUAUAAAGCCACAGUACAAUCUAGAAAUUUAGAUUUAGGUGAAGAUAAGCAAAAAAAUAAAGUUAUAUCCAAGUUAAAGUUACCAUUUUCACCAGCAAAAGCUAUGGAUAAACCAAAGAUACAUUUUUUACACGAAAGAGCUAAUAUAAAAGAGACUAAACCGCCAUCGCUCUUAGCUUCACCUGUCCGGCGAACAAUAUCAAAUGAGUAUGUACGACUUAAGUUCACAAACGAUACUGUGAUGCGAAGGACUAUUGACGGUAAAUCUAUACCAAAAAUUACUCCAAAAAUUCAAUCGAUUAUUCCCGAGAGCCCUAUAGAUAGUGAGGAUCCUUUUCUCAAUUUAAGCCCAAAUAAAAAAUAUACGGUAACUGUAAAUAACAAAGUGAGAUGUGAUAAAGACAAUUACGUUAUAUUUGAUCCGAAAACGGGGUUUAGCCCCACCCAAACUUUGAAGACCUCAAGAAUUCCCGCAAAGUCAGCUCCUACGGAAAAGUCAAAGAUUCCCUUAAAAUCGCCACCUGGUGAACAUUCGGCAAGUGUGUCUAAAUUUACAAGUGCUAGUGAUACGGAUAGUGGUAUAUUAUCUCCGAACUCACCAAGUGAAGUGAAAAAAUCAGCACACUAUGUUAAUGCUGCAGUUUUUAGUGAAGCAGCCAAGAAAAGUGCAGCAGAUUUGGAUAUUACAAUUGUGGACCCUUCAGUGGCGAAAAAGGCAACAGAUCAAAUAAAAAUUUACACAGACUGGGCGAACCAUUACCUAGAGCGAGCGCGGUCGCGGCGUCGGGCCGGCACCUCUGGGGGCGGCUUGGCUCGCGACUGCGCUGACGGUCUGCUGCUUGCUGAUGUGCUGGAAGGAGUCACCGGCCAGAAGGUGCCGCGAGCACACCGCAAACCGCGGAACCCGCAACAAAUGUUGGAGAACGUGCAGUGCUGCUUAGACUUCCUUCACGCACAGAAAGUUCAGGGGUUGGAACAAGUUACCGCUGUCGACAUCCGUGAUGCUAAACUCAAAGCAGUUCUUGCGUUAUUUUUUGCAUUGAGUAGACAUAAACAAGCAUCAAAACAAAGAAUAACGCCACCUACCGGCUACGCUGGAAAUGCCGCUAAGAGCUCAAAUGAAGAUGUUGCAAUAAGUUCCGUCCAACGAAUAACAGGUGGCAGCAGUGGAGAUGAUAUAUUAACAGCUUGUGGAAAUAACGUCGAUAUGACUACCUUAGCUGCUAAUAGGCAAGUCUCCGUGCUGCAGACGUCGAUACCGCUGCCAGCAUCAGCGGCCGCGGUCCGACGGGCGCCGCCGGACAAACGACCGCUACCAGCCACUCCUAUACAUGGUGGGAAAAGUGGUUUGUCCGCAAGUUCAAGCCGUUCAACGAGCCCGCUGGGACAUGGCGCAGUUAGCUUUAUACCUCGCGCACCAGCUUCAGCAUCUGGGUCAAGGCCGAAUUCCUCUCUUUUAACACCCGGCAGUAAGAUUCCAUCAUCUUUGCCCACCCAAACGCAACAACAUUCCUCAAAUGUAUCGAAUCAUAAUGGGACACCAACUAAGCAGUCGAUGUUAGAUAAAUUAAAAUUAUUUAAUAAGGAUAAAGUUAGCGCAGAAAAACAAAAUAGUAAAAGUUCCGCCGUUUCAAAACGCACGAGCUCGUCCAGUGGGUUUUCUUCUGCAAAAAGUGAAAGAUCCGAUUCUAGUCUAAGUCUAAAUGAAUCUUCACAUAUUCCAAAUUCACAUAUAAAAUCUAACUUAGUAGGGCCUAAAAAUGUGAGGCAUCAAAAUGAUACAUUAAAUAAAGAUAAGAGCGGAAAGAGUGUGAAAUCCAAACUUGUAGGAUCGAAACCAGUAAAAGAGACAUCAAUGAAUUUAAGCAAAGUAAACCCUAAAUCGAACAAUAAUGAAAAGUCAAGAAACAGUCCUAAGCUACCCGCUAGAGAUAAGGAAUCCAAGUUAGCUGCGCCGAAAUCUGUUAGUAAUACGAAAUUAAACUUAAUUGAAGAUAAUUCCAGAAUAUCAAAGCCAAAAUUAGAAUCAAAGAUGGUGAAAUUAUCAGGCAGCCAAGCUAAAUUAAGUGAUACGCGGGCAGACAAUACUUCCAACAAUCCUGCUCAAUCCCCUUCUCCAACGGGAGGGCAAAAUGUUCCUUUACAAAAUCACACUGGUAUUCCAAAACCAACAGCCGCUGUAAAAGGAACUUCGAAGGUAUCUAAAGAUGACAGACAUAUAUUACAAAAGAAUACAAGCAGUCAGUUGAGUCCAAUACAAAGUAACUCAAGUUUAAAUUCCACGAAUAAUGUUGGCACUUUACCAUUUACUAGAGAACAGUCUAAUUUAAACAAAGAAGCAUCUCAAAAGCAAACAUUAGCUGUAUCACCAAUGCCAGUGGUAAAUUCUACAAAUCAAAAUCCAUCUUCACAGAUGUCAGAAAGUUCACAUUCCAAUUCUACACAUAGUACAACAGGUCAACAGUCUAAUUCAAGCGACGGGAGCGUAAUAUACAGACCAUCAAGUGAAUCGGGAUCAGAAGUAUCAAAAAGUAAUGCAUCAUCUAAUAGGAAAAUGGACAUGAAUGCGACAUAUAUAAAUAAUGUCAUAAAUGAAGCUGAAAUAUCUGAAAAAGAAGCAGCUCAAAAAAGAAUUCUAAGUAGCCCAGGUGUAAAACAAAUGUUUGACCACAACAAAACACUAACAGAGGCUGAUAGAAAUGACAGUCGUUCCAGUACUCCAUCUCAUUGUAGAGAUAAUUCAUUAGGUGAAGAUGAAAAUCCAUUAAUGAACGUAAUGCCAAUGAGACCUUUACUUCGAGGAUACAAUAGUCAUUUAACGUUACCCAUGAGAACUUCGGGUUUAGCACAAAAAAAUAUUACUGGCUAUCCUCAUCAUGCGAAUACUGUGAAAGCGAAUUUUGGUAGAGAAAACGUAGGGUUACGCGAUCGCCUUAAUUUCAGCCCUGGAUUUUCUAAUCCUGAUUAUUGCGAUUUAGAAAUAGCUUCUGGAUACAUGUCUGAUGGCGACUGCUUGCGAAGAAUUAAUGUAAAUGAAAUGGAUUGUGGUCGGAGCAAUGAUAUAAUGGACGGCUACAUGUCAGAAGGUGGCGCGUCCCUGUACGGACGACGCAUCAACUACCAGCAGCCCUCGCAACUUCAACAAUUAGAUGAAAGACGUGGUGGAGCUCGUAAUAGAAAUAUGGAAGGAGGUAGCGGAGUAGUAUAUCGUGUGGUCGGAAGAACGCGAAGUAAAGCCGAUUGUGGACAGCAGACUGAAAGGCAGCCGCCUCCGCCGAGGCAGGAUACAACUUGGAAGAAGUAUACGGACUCACCGGGAGUUGGAGCACCACCCUUGAACCAGCCGCCCGCGCCGCCAAGUCCCUCCCACAGCCGCAAGAGCGAGCGGCGCGCGGGCCACCACUCGCCGCAGCACAAGCGCGAGAAGCUGACGGCCGCCCAGCAACUUGGCAUCGCGCCACACCCUCAGUACCCUGCUGCCAAUGCGCCUAACCAACAUGGACCAAGGGGUGGUGGUGCACAGCUUCAAUCCCCAAGCGGAGGGUCUCGUCCAUCCAGUGUAUCAAGCGGCAACGGGAGCAGUUCGUCUGGCAAAGCUAAAGCCCCGCAGAACUUCGGAUAUGUUAAAAGGCAGAAUGGAGCUCAGCAACCACCGCCUUUACCAGCCAAUGGACCACCUCAACAUCCACAUGGUGGAAGAACUGCUCAAGUGUCGGCCGUACCACGGACCAAAGUUAAGGUUUCUGGAGGAACACAAACUUGCACACAAGAUUUGCAAAUACAUAAAAACGGCAUAGGCCCCAAGUCGUACUCGCUGCAAGGCAGCACGGCGGCGCAGCUGUCCGCGUCCGUGCGCGAGCGGCUGCUCGGCUCGCAGUCACUGCCUAAACCGGGGACACAUGAGUUCGCCGCGCUAUUCCAUCAUCAUAGAAUAACCCCUCGAGGUGGAAUGAAGAUCAGCGAUGGAAGUCUGUCCGAUACUCAGACAUAUUCCGAAGUGAAGUCAGAUUAUGGAAUACCUUACGCGCCGUGGCUGAGACACAGCAACACUUACUCGGCGAGCGGGCGCCUCUCGGAGGGAGAGUCGAUGGAGUCUCUGACGUCACUGCACUCGGCGCAGACCCACAACCACACAUCAUCACCUAACUCACACCACCGCAGCUCACUCACACACAAUAAGCUCAUCAUGCAUCGCGACGCUCAGACGUCCCGCCUUAACAGAAGCAACAGCAUUAGGUCUACGAAAUCAGAAAAAUUAUACCCUUCUAUGUUACAACGGUCAUCUGAGAGCGACUAUGAGCCAUAUUACUGUCUGCCUGUUCAAUAUGGACCAGGAGGACAAGGUCUAAACUACGGUGUAUCGGAACCGCCGUCCCCCUCCCCGCGCUCCGCGCUGAGCCCCACGCACCAGCCCGCCGCCGUCAUACACACGCCCAGACACUCACACCACUAUCCUAAGAAAAAUGAUGAAGUACACGGUUCAACCGCAUCCCUGGUAUCUACUGCGUCAUCGCUGGCGGCGGGUGCGGGCGCGGACGAGCGGCACGCGCAUGAGGUAAAUACGCCUGUUCGCAAGUUACGAAGAGAAUUGGCGGAUGCGAAAGAAAAAGUUCACACCCUCACAACGCAGCUCACAACUAAUGCGCAUGUCGUAUCCGCCUUCGAGCAGAGCCUCUCCAAUAUGACCCAACGGUUACAGCAGUUGACGGCGACAGCAGAGAGAAAGGACUCAGAACUAACGGAGCUCCGUCAAACCAUCGAGCUUCUUCGAAAGCAGUCCAUUCAAGCCGGUCUGACCACAGCGCACAUGCAGUCCAUGGGCAUUCGGGCGGAUGGAGUCAAUGUUACAGGCCAGGACCCCAUACCAUCACAAACUCAGCAAUCAUCUCCACAACGGCUGGCACAAGCGAGUAACGGCGCGAUUACGAGACACCUUUCAACUGAUAGCGUGUCUAGUAUCAACAGCCUGAGCAGUGGCUCGUCAGCACCCCAUGAUAAGAAACAUAAAAAGAAGGGUUGGUUAAGAUCAUCGUUCACAAAAGCUUUCUCGCGAAAUGCAAAGAUUUCAAAAACGGCGAAACAUGCGUCCCUCGGGCAAUUGUCGUCACAGGAUAGUUCGUCUGGCUCACAUCACUACGACGACCCACACACAAUUAGAGAAGGAAGCAACGAGAACAGUCUGGAACAUUCCCAUGAAACGCUCGACAAUUCUAAAGACAAGACGACAUGCCCCGCGGACAAACCCGAAGAACCUGCCAAAGAUAAGCAAGAUCAAUCGAUAGUGGAUGAAUUGAAGAGACAACUUCGAGAGAAAGACUUAGUAUUAACAGAUAUACGAUUAGAAGCUCUUAGUUCGGCGCAUCAACUAGAAAGCCUUAAAGAUACGGUCAUCAAAAUGAGGAACGAGAUGCUCAAUUUAAAACAAAACAACGAGCGUCUUCAAAGGCUAGUAACAUCAAGAUCUUUAGCCGGCAGUCAAAGUUCUUUAGGGACUGGUGGUUCCGCAGUCGAGGAUCCCAGAAGGUUUAGUCUUGCUGAUCAAGCCACUAUGCAUCAGGCUACGUUAGAUAUGCAUUCACAACCCUUGGACCUCGAUUUUAACUGCAUGACAUCAACUCCCGCUAGAGAUAAGAAAGGUUCUCCAAAGUCAAGUAUGGGAGAACCACUAUAUGGAAACAAUGCCGCGUGCGAAUUAAACGAAAAUAGCGAAGCAAUGCUUGGAGCUUUGAAUGGCUCCAGUGAUAUAUUUACAAAUGGUGAUAGAAUGAGCGGAGACUACGAUAUCAACAGCGUUCUCCCACCGCCGAAAACACGAGAACUAGCGAUCGGGGAAAGCUAUUCAGAUAUCGGCGUAGCCGACAGCCAAGGAGAUACCACCGAUGGGAAGAAAAUAGCAAUAGCGGUUUAUUUAGGACAACCGGAAACAUUCCAGAGAUAUUUCGAAGAAGUUCAAGAUACGCUCACAGAAUCUGAAUGUAGAUUUUACGCAAAACAGUCUGCGAGCGCGUACAAUAAUCACUUCGAGAAACAAUCGAGUUUCGAUUCCCCGCGAAUGUCACAGAACCACAGUCCAGAAGUAGAAACGCAAGACUACCCUCAAUCUAUCAAUAAGUCAAACACUAAUAGCCUUAAGAGUAACAAAUCGACGCAUAGCAAUUCCUAUAAACACGUGUAUAACAGUGAUUCGACAAUAAACUGCAAUGAGUUUACUAUAGCGUAUACGUAUAUUUCUGGGAAAACGACAUGGCAAAAUUUAGAUUAUAUAGUGAGAAAGACAUUCAAGGACUAUUUGUCGAGGAUAGAUCCGGGGACAAAUCUCGGCCUCAACACGGACUCGAUCACGUCGUAUCACUUGGGAGAAGCCACUCGAGGUCCGGAGAUUGGUUUUCCUGAGUUGCUCCCUUGUGGAUACAUCAUCGGCACUGUAAAUACUCUGUAUAUAUGCCUGCAAGGUGUCGGAAGUUUAGCCUUUGAUAGCCUUAUACCAAAAAAUAUUGUUUAUCGAUACGUGUCUCUACUAUCCGAGCACCGGCGCGUGAUCCUAUGUGGACCGAGCGGCACGGGCAAGUCGUACCUCGCCGCGAAACUCGCAGAAUUCUACGUGCAGCGCACGCAGCGGAGGGGAAAUCCCGCUGAGGCGGUAGCCACUUUCAAUGUGGACCGCAAGUCGUGCAACGAAGUGCGCGCAUAUCUCGCGAACAUAGCGGAGCAGUGCGGCGCGGCGGCGGGCGGCGACGAGGCAGCGUUACCGUCGGUAGUGGUCCUCGAUAACUUGCACCAUGCCUCUGCGCUGGGGGACGCGUUCGCGGCGCUCCUGCCGCCGGAUAACCGAGACAUGCCUGUUAUUAUUGGCACAAUGUCCCAAGCAACGUGCAAUACGACGAACCUGCAACUACAUCACAACUUCAGAUGGCUACUUACUGCGAACCACAUGGAACCCGUCAAAGGAUUCUUAGCUCGGUACCUCCGCAGGAAGCUAUUCUCACUAGAACUACGGUUAGGGCGUCGCGAGCCAGCACUAGCAGCAGUACUGGAGUGGCUGCCGGGCGUGUGGGCCGCGCUCAACGCCUUCCUCGAAGCGCACUCCUCCAGUGACGUCACUGUUGGACCACGGCUCUUCCUCGCCUGCCCUAUGGAUCUGGAGGCUAGUCAGGCCUGGUUCGCGGACGUGUGGAACUACAGCAUAGUGCCAUACGCGUCUGAAGCAGUACGCGAAGGGGUCGCGCUGUACGGGCGGCGGCGACACGCGGCGCUCGACCCGCUGCAGCACGUCAAGUCCACAUACCCGUGGCGGGAACCCAACCACUCGCACACGUUAAGGCCGAUAACGGUGGAGGAUAUGAACAUUGAAGAGGGAAGUCAAGACACCAGCGCAAAUAACAAUCAAGAUCCAUUGUUGAACAUGUUAAUGCGUCUACAAGAAGCGGCGAACUACAGCGGCAACCAAAGCCAAGACUCUGACAACGCGAGCAUGGACUCGAAUCUCACGCACGACAGCUCUAUGGGCAACGAGCUCUAACUCACUAUAUCGCCUUAUUUUAUAUUCAACAAUAAACAAUUUGACUAAAUAUUCCUAUUUAUUAUUUAGGUGUUCAUUAUUGUUAGCCAAUGCGUGCAAAGAUGGCACAUGUCGACGAUAUAUGACUGUCAGAUCUUUAUCUGGUUACAUGUUUCUAUUUCUUCUUCAGUGUGUAAUUGAUGCUUAAAUAAUUCAACCAAAGUUGGGAAAUAUUGAUCUAUCGUCUUUUUUUUGGAUACCCUCAUUAUUUCUUAUAGAUUCUCGUCGGAUGAAUAUUAUUUUCCAGCUUUGGUUAUUUGGUAUCGUAUCGCUUUAAUUUUUCUGUUUAUAUUUAAAAUGUUUAUUGACAAAUAUAUGCGCUUAAACAACACUUUUUCUCUACAUGAUUAUUUUAUGUAGGUACUUAACCUCAGAGUUAUCCAACAUUACAUAACUAUAAUUUUACCUUUAAGAUAAUUAUCAAGGAAGAAUUUUAUUUAAAUUCAUUAAAGUUAAUUUAGAGAUCAUUCUUCAUUUCAAGAAGGUACCAAUAUAUUCAAUCAACUCACGAGGUUUUGUAAAAUAAUCAGUUGUAGAAAAGUACGAAAAUAUGUAGUGCAUUUAUUUUCGAGUGUUAACUAUGCGAUAUACAAAGCCAAAUAUUUGCCAUAUAUGUAAAUUUUUAUUUAUUUAUCUGUUAGCUUUGUAUAGUAUCUACCUAUUAUAUAAGAAUAAUGUUAACAAAUUUAAACUCUCAAGAAAUCAAUAUAUUUUCAAAGAAAGGAUUUGCUCUGCAUAUUUGUGGACGAUAGCAAAUACUAAAAGCAAGAGUCGUAGCCUUUCUCUAUAAUUGUAUUUUCGUUGCAACUUUUCAUAGUAAAUUUUUUAACGCUUUCGUUAAAAAGUUUUAAUACGAUAGUCUAUGAAUUCAUGAAAAAUACUCGACUGCAGUGCCUGGAGCGAUAUAAUUCCAUUGUGUAGAUACAGACAGUGUUUAACUGUCCCUGUUUGUAUUAAAGCAUUGGCUUUUACUAUUGUUAUAUUUUUCAAAGUUAGGAUAUUGACGCGAUUGCAUUACUCCGACGUAAUGCGUGUAUAUUAUUAUGAAAGUGUAAUUUUUAUACCAUUUUCAUAUAAAACUCAUGUACCUAAAAUAUUAAGGUGUAAAUACGAUAAAAAUGUUUAAUAUAAUUUUUUUUCUAUGUGAUUACACUAACCGCUAUUAUGCCAUAUACAGUAUAGUAUUAAUUUUGUAUAGAAAUGUAACUUAUGUUACUGUGUUCGGUAUGGAUUGACUUGUGUGCAUAAAAAACGUGAUAUCUACAAUCUAUGCUUUACAUAAAUUGUGAAAAAUAAACUUUGAUUACAUAUAUUA